CACUCCUCCGUGGUCAUCACCGAGUACAAGACCGAGCUCCGCGAUUGCUCAGCGCUCGCUGCUCAUCACAUCUCCUCGCAACGAUGGACGACACCAGCGUCUACUCCGCGCGUCGCCGCCGUCCCUCCGAGACAUAUAAAUAACGAGCAUCUGCUUCUUCUUCUGCACUAACUCUCUGACCACCGAGAACCCCAACUCAGACCAAAACCCCAAACCACACCACCAACCCACACAAUGACGACCAUCCCCAAGUCUGCUGCCGCCUCCGCCGCCGCCGCCGCCCGCCUCGAGCACCAAUGGCUCGCGCCUUCCCGCGGCAUGGCCGCCUUCCACGCGUCGUUCAAACACGCCUUCGAGACCAACUACGCGCUCGCCGACGGUUCCUUCCACAUGCACGGCAUGACGCUCCCGGCGUUCCUGCAGCGCGCGCGCGGCGUCGCCCGCUCCCUCGACGCACACCACCGCAUCGAAGAGGCCCACAUCUUCCCAUACCUGCACAAGCACCCGUCCUUCCGCCCGUCCUCGGACCACGUGCAGAGCCACCGCAUCAUCCACGACGGCCUCGAGCGCUACAACGCGUACCUUGACAAGGCGUCGCGCGACCCCGCUUCGUAUAAUGCACGCGAGUUCCGCGCAGUCAUGGACUCGUUCAGGAAGCCGCUGUACGACCAUCUCGACCAGGAGGUGCGCGACCUCGAGCCCGAGAGCUUGAGGGCGGCGGGCGUUACCCUCGACGAAGUGCGCAUGCUCCCUUUCUAGGCGAUUUGAGUACGAUCCUCGCCGGAAGGAGUUGACCGGCGAGCUCCUCCACGCAUCAUUAUUCGAUUCACGACAUCUGGAGCACUAGUUCCCUGUUCUCAUAGCAUUUGUAGCACAAGUUCAAGGCAUAACUGUUAAUUCG